UGUUACGCCCACUUCGGCUGCAAAUCAUUGACUAAGUGCAAUCAAAAAAUAUUAUUGUUAAUUCAAGCUUGUGUACAGCUCCAAGUAUUAAGAGUUGAUCUAUGUCACUCAAAACAGCAGCCGUGGUGGCAACUCGCGUAUCGGCGCCGAUCGGCGCCGCCAGCCUCGCCAAGCAGGCGUCGCUGUCCUCUUGUUCAUGCCGUCGCACCAGCACAGCUUUUCCGGCUCUCUCUAGUCAACUCGGCCGCUCUGUCGGCGGAGCCGUCGGCGUCCAGUUGCGGCGCCACAUCACGACAAAGUUCAGCAGCAGCGCGACAGACUCGACGCAGAAAAUACCACUCACCAAGCAGCAAGCCGAGGACCUGGUUUUGAAACUGACCGAAGAGGAGCAGAAGGUGCUCAUGUCUGCCAUCCAGACUUUCCAGUCCGAGAAAACCAGGAAGGAAUAUAAAGGGCAACUUGCUGGCUGGAGAUGGCGUUCAAAGCUGGGUCGGCCAUCCUCUGUGCCCAAGCUGGGCAGCGCAGACGUCACUGGUUCCUAUUGCCCCCUGCCUGAGGACUGGCUCGAUAAAAAAUUUGCUGAAACGCUGCCAGCACCAACAACAAAGGAGUUGGCGUACCUUGGUCUCCACAAUGCGCUGCCAUUCAUUGGUUUCGGGUUUCUGGACAAUUUCAUCAUGAUAGUCGCUGGCGACUACAUCGACUUGACCAUUGGCACGACUCUCGGCAUCAGCACAAUGGCAGCAGCUGCCUUGGGAAACACGAUCUCUGAUGUUGCAGGAAUUGGCUCUGCCUGGUAUGUGGAGAGCAUUGUGCAAAAAUUUGGCUUUAAGCCUCCGCCAUUGUCGCCGAUCCAGCUCGACAUGAAAAGCAGUCGGAGGGUCGCUAACUUUGGCCGGGCAAUUGGAGUUAGUCUUGGGUGCUUACUCGGCAUGCUGCCACUUUGGUUUUUGCCGACUGCACACAAAAGAGAGUCCGCAGAGCAGACUGAUGAUGUUCCUUCGGCUGACGAGGAACAAGUUAUUUCAACACCAAUCUCUGGCUAAACAGCUAGCACUUUUAGGAAUUUCGUCUCUAAGACCCCAAGGUACUUACAGUUAGCUUCACAGUCUUCCUAGGAAAGGAGACGAAAAGCCUGUCUUCUAAAUCUAUAUUUUCCUUCUAACUGACAAAUUAGGGAACCAUUCCUUAUAAAAUUUAAGGAUCGCGCACACAGCUUUAUGAAAAGUAUAAUAAACGGCAACUAGCCUCUCGUUGAUGUGUUUAGCAUGUAGAAAAGUCCAAAGCUGCUCAUUAUUUAAUGAAUACUUAACCACACAAGAAAGUCGGUACGUCCACAAAAUGCACUUUGAUUAGCAAAAUCAAUAAACAAGGAGGCACAACAAACACAAUAACUAAGUGAGAGCUUAUACAAGGCCAGCUAUUGAGGUUUUUAAGAAUUAUCUAUUCACAGCUCUCUUCAGUUGUUGAGUUACCAAGUACAAAGAGACACCAUAUAUUAUGAUAAUAUAAGAUUUAAAAGUCUCCCCCAUCCCCUUGUUCUGUUCUAAACCCAUUUUUCAUCUCAAGAGCUGGAGAAACAAAUGUUUAUUGGGAUCAAAUCAGUAAAAGAUGUGCUAUAGUGCUUAGAUUAUGGUAGGAAUGUUCCAAAUAUGUAAUACUGGAAAGAAGCAAGUCCAUUAAAGCUGCUUUAAGAAAAUUUAGCGUAGCUGAAAAAAAUUGAUGUUAUAUUCUAGUUAUCGCACACUUUUUAAUAUUGUUGGUAUUUCUUGUAUACACUUGUAUACUUCUUCAGGUUGUGCUUGACUGGACAACGUGAUCUAAUUUUAUUCUGUUUGUUUUACGUGAAAAUAUUUGUAUUUUCAAUCAGGAAUUCUGUGAUUUAUCGUGUAUCAGCUAGAGAGAAGAAUCUACUUUUUAAAAAUAACACUGCCGCCUUGCAUAUGAAUCCCUUUAAAAAGAUUGCUAUAAUGUAUAGACUUGUAUUUUUUAUUAACUGUCUCCAAUCAACAUGCUUCAAAGCUGAUUAUCUAGGCUCAAAUUAACGCUUUAGUACUGUUUUGGUAGACGUUGAGUUUUAGUUUUCAAAAUAUAACGCUUAGCUGUUCUUUCACCAUAAAUUAUUGAUGCUAUUUCAAAUAAUGUUGUACGUUGUGUCACAAAUAUAUAAAUCUCGACCAAGAG